UCAUGCACGGGCGCGGCCGCUGCGGCCUCACGCGGGGCGGCCGGGUCGGCGCCGCCUGUCCCGAACGUUCCCCCGCCGCGAAGGGGCGCGGCGCGCGGCCGCCUCCCCUCCGGCCGGACGGGGGCGCCGGGCCCUCGCCGGAGCGGCGGGGUGCGUCCUGCCGCUGCCGCGGCUGUGAUUGACCCAGCGCGGCGGGGACGGGGCAUGCCGCCGCCGCCGUGAGGAGGCGGCGGGGAGGAGCCCGCGCGGCGGACGGCGGCAGCGGCAGCGGCAGCGGCUCCGCCGCGCCCUGAGCGACGGCGGCGCGAUGGGGCGGUGAUGGCGGAGCCGGCGGAGCUGCGCCAGGAGUCGGUGGUGCAGUUUCUGGCGGCGCGGGGCGGGCGGGCGCCCAACGCGGAGCUGGUGGAGCAUUUCCGGGGCUGGCUCAGCCCCCCGGAGCCCGGCCGCCGCGCCGCCGCCCGUCGCCGCUUCAAGGAGCUCGUCAACGCCGUGGCCACCGUGCGCCAGGAGCCCAGCACCGGCGCCAAGUACGUGCAGCUUCGCCGCCGCUACUGCCCCGACGAGCCCGCCGGCGCCGUGACCCCCGCGCAGGAGGCGGCGGCGGGGGGCAGCGCGGAGCGGCCGAGCCCGCCGCCCUCCCCGCCGGCGGCCGCUGAGGAGCCGCCGCCGCAGCCGCCGCCGCCGGGCAGCGAUGGCGGCAGCCGGCCGCAGCCGCCCCGGCCGGGCCCGGCGGCGGGCGGCGGGCGGCGAAGGGGCUCGCGGCGAGGGCCGGCGCCCGGGCGCGGCGGCGAGGAGGCGGCGGUAGCGGCGGCGCAGCCGGCGGCCGAGGAGGAGCCGGCGGCGGCGGCGACGCCGCGGGGCGGCCGCAGGGUUGUGCGGGAGCUGGCGCGGGGCGGGUCGCCGCAGCUGAAGCGCGGCGGCGCCCCCGGAGGGCCGCGGGGGGCCCGCGGCGGCGAGUCGGACAGCGCCUCGGUGGCCUCGUCGUCGGCCGAGGAGGAGGGGGCGGGCGCGGUGGCGCUGGACCCGCUGGAACACGCCUGGAUGCUGUCGGCCUCGGACGGGCGGUGGGAGAGCCUGGAGGGGCUGCUGAGCUGCGAGCCGGCGCUGCUCUGCAAGCGGGACUUUGUCACCGGCUUCACGGUGCUGCACUGGGCCGCCAAGCACGGGCGGCAGGAGCUGCUGGCCAUGUUGGUCAACUUUGCCCAGCGGCACCAGCUGCCCGUGGACAUCAACGCCCGCACCAGCGGCGGGUACACCGCACUGCACCUCGCCGCCAUGCACGGCCGCACCGAGGUGGUGAAGCUCCUGGUGGGCGCCUACGACGCUGACGUAGACAUCCGUGACUACAGCGGGCGCAAGGCCGCCCAGUACCUGCGCCAGGGCACCCCGGGGGACAUGCGGAGCCUCGUGGGGGCCCUGGACGAGGAGGAUGAGGAAGAGGAGGAAGGGGCUGCUGGCAACGGGAGCGGGCGCUGGAGGCUCUCCAAGGUGUUGCCCUCCAACCUCAUGAGCUACCGGCUCUCCCACCACCAUCACCACCACGGCACGGGGGAGGAGGCCGAGGGCACCGAAGGGGCAGCACUGCCGGGCAAGGGCAAGGAGAUGACCAGGAAAGCCUCCAGCAGCGGGCGGAUGAAGCCUCGGCUUAACAAGAUCCGCUUCAGGACUCAGAUCAUCCACAACACGCCCUCCUUCCGCGGUGACGCUGAGGAGGAAGAGCAGGAGGAGAAGUCCCUGAAAGCGUCGUUCAAGCUCAGGCCGAAGUCCAACGUCUUUGGAUAAGGCAGGGGGAGCAGGAGGUCUUGGAGAAUACACAGUAUAUCUGGAGAGCAAGCAAACAAGCAGUAAUAAUGCCCUUUUAAAUAAUGACACAGUGCCAAAGCACUCAGACUGGAAGGGUUCCGCUGAAUCACAGAGAGAGGUAAGGCUUUAUUC